AAUCUCAACCGCCCAGUUAGCCAAGAUGGGUGUUAAAUACAUAGGCAAAACAAAGAUUCAAGAUUGUAACUUUGAGAGUUUACAACAUGAUUAAGGGAAAAGAGAAGGAGGAGAGGAGAGAAGGGCGUUACAGAGGAAUUCGGGUUAGAAAAUGGGGGAAAUGGGUGUCUGAAAUUAGGCUCCCAAGAACAAAAAGACGCCUUUGGUUGGGGUCGUAUGAAACUGCAGAAGAAGCAGCAAGAGCAUUUGAUGUGGGGAGCUAUUGUAUUCAUGGUCCUCGUGCUUCUCUCAACUUUCCCAACUCUCCCCCUCUUUUAAACAUCCCUCGUGGCAUUCGUCUUUCUCCCCAGCAAAUCAAGGCUGCUGCCAUUGAAGCAGCUUCUGCAAAGUCUCUACCUUGUGGAGCAGAUGAUGAUAAAAAGGAUGAGUCCUUUGCUUCUGUAGAUUCAGAGUUUGAACCGCCUGAACACCACCAAAUGAUGAGCAAGUGUUUUGAGUCUCUUCUGUGGGAUUCCCCUAACGAUCAGGUUUCCAGUACCAUAUAUAUUUCUGCAUAUCUUGGCGUUGCGUUGACGAUGGAUUGUGUAAUACCUUAUGAUCAUGGUAAGGAGAUGAACUGCUACACUUAUGAUUUCUCAGAGCAUUUAGAUGGAUUGUGGAGCUCCUGACGAGUUAUGUGAUUGUGGUCAAUGGGAUUGAUUUUUUUUUGCUGUCCUUUCAAUUUCAAAGCGUAAAAAAUGGUGCAGAAUAAGUGCCGUUUGGACUGUAGAUAGACUGUUACUAAUGGGUCAAUACUUUUAAGGUUGGAACAACUUGUAAUAAAUGGGUGGUCCAAAGUUCUAGUUCUAGGUACUUCAUGAAAGUGGUCCAACAACGCAUUAGCCAAGGGUUAAUGACAUAUUUAGGAUAGAGAUGGAUUGAUCACAAAUGGGUCAAUGACUUAAGGUAGAGCGUUUUAGAAGCAAACUGGUCUCAGAUUUGAGUUCUAUUGAUUCAUAAAAUGAAUUCAAUAAGAAUUUAUAAUGUGUAAUAAAUGAAUUAUAUUUAAAUUUCAAAAUUAAUUCUUAUU